UCUGCUGAUCAGAGAUAAUAAACUUUUGGACGAUUUGCUCCAAAAAUCUGGUUAAUAUUUUUAUGUUAAUCUAAUUAGGGAACCGUUUGUUCCUAAAAAAUAUUGUGAUAUAAAUCAACAGCGGUCGCAAAAUGGGCAACAUUUUCGGCAAAUCGUCGGCCAAGGCCAAAGUGAGCAGAGUGACGGAGCAAGACAAAGCAGUUCUGCAACUCAAACAACAGAGAGAUAAACUGAAACAAUAUCAGAAGCGAAUCGAACUGCAGCUUGAAAAAGAUCGCGAAAUGGCUAAGAAAUGUUUGUCAUCGGGACGGAAAGAACGCGCCAAAACCCUCCUCCGAAAGAAAAAGUACCAGGAGAAGCUCCUCUCCAACACGGACGCCCAGCUGGAAACGAUCGAAAAGCUCGCCUCGGACAUUGAGUUCGCCCAGGUCGAGGCGCAGGUCAUCAGUGGCCUCCGGGUGGGCAACGAGGCGCUCAAAAAGGUCAACGAAAUCCUCUCGAUCGACGAGGUGGAGCAGAUUUUAGACGAAACGCGCGAAAGCAUCGAAAAGCAGCAGGAAAUUGACGCCCUGCUCAACGGAGUGCUGUCCGAGGAAGACGAGGACGAGGUGCUGGCCGAACUGGACGCGCUGGUCGCCGCAGAAGAAGAGCCGGAGAAGACACCGGAAGAUAUCGGCGCGAGGUUGCCGGAUGUGCCCGAAGACGAUCCUGUGGCGGCUGCGGCCGCAGAAAGGAAGCGGAAAGAGAAGGGCGGCGAACGAUCUGGGAAAAAGGUCGCCCUGGAGGCAUCGUAACUAUGAUGGAAGGAAAAGUGAGGUUUUCUUGGAAGUCAUCGUCAGUACUGGACAGCUAUUUUACAUUUUUAAUCAGUUGUCAGAUUUUUUGCCAGAAAGCAUUGUGCGUUGGAAUGAUUUUGAGAGAGAAACAUUUAACUUUUUUCUGGAGCAGAUUGUCAGAAAAAUAUGCAAGAAUGUAUAUUUUGAAUCGUUAAGAAUAAAAUAUUCUAAUGUCUAAAAUAAA